AUGAUGAAAAAAAUUUUACUGAGCAUUGGACUGGUGUGGUGUCUGAUCUCUUUGGGACAGGCCCGAAAGGAGUCAACGGUGGAGGAAUGUGAGAAAAAUAUUGCCGAUUCGCUGAAGGAUCGCGUCUGUGAGCUGCGUCAAUACACACCAGUCAGUAGCGAUGAUAUGGACAAUCACAUGCAGUGCGUCCUGGAGGUGGUCGGAUUUGUAAACGAAAACGGUGGAGUGAAGGAAAACGAGCUGCUGACACUGCUGCAGCGCGUCGAUAGUAGCGUUGACCAUGCCGCCAACAUGAGGAAAUGUGAAACCGAAGCAUCUACCGUGGGCAAUGCAAAGAAGGCAAACACUUUCUACACUUGCUUCUUGGGCACGAGCUCAUCGGCCGGAUUUAAGAAUGCAGUCGACUACAAUGAGCUUUUGAGGGCCGGUAAGAUGCAGCAGAGCGAUCCGUUCGAUAUGGGCCGUGUUUCGGCACUGAUCAAGGAAAUUGAUGACGGUCUAUGCAAGUAG